ACACGCGCAGCGCACGCCUCCGAGACGUCGCACGCGCUUUCACACGCCGAAACGCGCGCCUAGCGACGCGCAGAGACCGAUCGACGCGCGCGACCGAUCGCAGUCGCGCGAUGCCGGCGACGACGUCGCGUCGCGCGGCGGCGAGGGCGCCUGCGGGGAAAUCGUCGACGGCGUCCGAGUCGACGGCGCGCGCGACGCGCCAUCGCGGCUCGGAACCCGCGGCGUCGAUGCGAUCGACGCGGAACUCGAGCGCGAAGAACGAUCUCGAGGACGCGCCGAACGCGCCCGAGGAAGCCGUCGAGGCGCGCGACGCGCCCGCGACCGCGACCGCGCGCGUUUCCGCGUCCGCGCGCGAGGACCCGUCCCCGUCCGCGCCGCCGACGACGUCCGCGCCGGUGCCGGCGCCGACGACGACGACCGCGCCCGCGGCGGAAGCGCUCGGCGCGGCUGAGGCGGCGACGCGCGAGGACGUCGAGGAUGAAAAGAUCGCGCCAGUCGCGCCCGCCGCCGCCGCCGCCGCGACGGCGAAGGAGGAAGACGCGCCCGACGCCGCCAUCGCGGCGGCGGCGCUGACGUGCGACGAAGCACCGCUGCUCCCGACGCGGUGGCGCCAGAACAGCGGCACGUUCGCCGGAGGCGUGGACGCGGACGCGGAGCGGACGGGACCGGCGACGAUGGACGCGCCAGCCGGCGUCGACGCGUUUCCGAUGUGGAGCGGAGAGAACGCGGCCGCGGCGUUGGCGUCCGCGAACCCGGCGGAGGCGUGGAAAAAGUUCGCGGACGUCAAGGUCGCGAUCGACCGCGCCGUGGAGCGACGCGGGACCGAGACGAGGGCGGCGAAUGAAGAGAACGAGGCGUGCACGACGACGAUGGACGUGCGCGGGCUGGUCGCGGCGGGCGCGGACGCGGGCGCGAGCGGGAGAACCGAUCGCGACCGCGACCGCGACCGUCACCGCGUCGUCCCGCUCGCGCCGCUCGCGCCGCGCGUGGUCGUCCCUCCCGCGCCGUUCCCGCCGACGGCGAUGGCGGCGUUCCCGCACCACGAGAUGAUGCGGAGUCUGAGCUCCCAGGACACCGCGGCGACGACGACGACGACGACGACGCCGGGGUCGUUUCAACGCCCGCCGCGGCUGGUAUUGUACCCGGAAGACGCGACGACGCGCGCGGGACCCGCGACGGGCGCGGCGGGGCAGGUUACGCUCGCGCCCGCGAGCGUCGGCGGCGAACAGCAUCAGCGACAGCACCAGCAGGCGACGCCGCAGCAGAGGUAUCAGCAGCAGCAGUGGGCCGUCUACCAGCACCAGCAAGCGCAGUACCACCAGAUGAUGGCCGCGCAGCAGGCGGCGAUGCAGCAGCAGCAGCGUCACUCCAUGACGCAAGGGGGCCAACACGCGGGACAGGACGCGCCGGGUCCCGCGCGGCAAGGUCAGGAACACCAUCACGCGGCGGCGGCGCAGCGUUUCCACGCGCAAGCGCAAGCCGCGGCGGCGCACGCCCACGCGACGGGCAUGGGCUGGGGCGGUCAAUACCCAAACGCGGGUCCGGGCGGGUUCAUGCAUCAGCAGCAGCAGCAGCAGCAACAACAACAGCAGCAGCAGGCGCAGCAGCGACAGGCGCAGUUCGCGGCGAUGAUGUCGGCGUUCCCGGGAAUGAUGAACGAUCCGCGGAUGAUGGCGUCGAUGAUGGCGAGCAUGAGCACGUUCCCUUCGACGCCGCAGAUGUGGUCGCAGAUGAUGAUGGGAAUGCAAGGCGCGCUCCCACCGCACGCGUACGCCCAAGGCAUGACGCAGCAGAACGGCGGCGGUCCGUGCUCGACGAACAGCGGGGACACGCGCUCGGACGGCGGCGGCGAGUCUGGGCUCAAGUCGGGCAGCGGAGGCAAGUCCACGAAGUCGUUGAACGAGUCCGACGCGUCGGACCGGACGACGACCGCGGGCGGCGGCGGGCGUAAACGAGCGCCGGGGGCGGUGAAGGGCGCGAGGAGCAAACGCGCGCGGCCGGGCGCGAGCGCGGGCGUCGGCGCGCGGGGGGGGUUGGGCACGGCCAAGGCGGCGCGGCUCGCGGGGAAAUCGGACACCACGGAGCUCUCCGACGCGGCAGACAUGCUGCAGCUCUUGGGGAAGUCUUAGGGAAGACGGGAUGGAACCUCGGCGCGAUUCGAUUCGAUUCGAUUCGAUUCGAUUCGACGACGACGACCGCACUGUACGCUACACGCGCUGUUAAAUACUCUCUAGUCUACAAAUGCACGCUACGGCAGACGCCUGCCUUGCUUGUAAAAACUAUAAAACUGCAUCGAGAC